UACUCGAAAGGCAAACUACGCACAUCUAAUAUUACUUAUUUAUAUUUUCUAAUAAAUAUACAAUGGCGCCUCCUACGCCAAAUCCUCACGACAGUAUUCCUUACCAUCUUAUUAGAAGAGCAACAAACAGAAGUGAACCAGGCUGCUAUCAAUUACAUAGACCGUCCCAAUGCCGUCUCAAGUUCCCGGUGACCAAGCGUCCCAUCCACAAAUGCGAGCUACCCCGCCGCGAGUCCGUAUAUGUCCCGGAGGCUGGCGGGAUGUUUAGGAAGCUAGAAGUGCCUAGGACAGAGAAGAACUACUAUCCUGCUGUUAUGCCUAAGAGCGAGUUUGAGCGGCUGAAAGAGCAGGCUAGGGUGAUGACCCAGGAGGAGCUUAUCGCGGCCAUGUACGCCCAGGAAGAGGCCGUCAAGAAAGCGGCAAAGGAGUCCGAGAUGCGCAAACGGAAACUAAAGGAGGACCUCAAGCCUCAGCCCGGGGCGGAGGCGGCAACUGGACAGGCAGACCCUGAGCUAGAGGGACCGGACCAGGCCGCUCACACCCUCACUAGGAAUGAGAUGCUAAGAGCGGACAACAUGCAGGGCCCGCGUCUCUGCAACCGCGUCAUCUUGGCGUCCAAAUGCCACGCCAUACGCGACGCGCAGAUAGUCGAGAAAGAUCUCAUCAAGAAGGAACUCAUGGAGGAAGAGAGACGCCUGGACGCCAUAAUGGAGGCGAACCGGGUGGCGGCCGUGGCGCGCGCCGAGGCGGAGGAGGAGCGCCGGCUCGGGCUGCGGCUGCAGAACCUGUCCGCGCUCAAGGAACAGAUACACUCCCACGAGUUUGCCAAGGUAAUGGAAGCGGAACGCAUAGAAGAGGAGAGUAUUCGCGUGAACCAGUCCAACAUAGCGAUGCAGAUCGAUGAAGCACAGAAGCUGAAGGAGAAACAUAACCAACAGCGGCAUCUGAAGGAGAUGCUCGACCAAGGCAACGCCGAGCUCCUGUACUACAAACAGCUUCAGAUGGAAGAGGAACGCAUCAACGACCUCCGCGUGGCCAACUUCCUGAAGCAGAAGCAGGAGCGCGAGUCCAGGAACCGCGCGGAGGCCGAGGCCGUUAAGGCGGCCAAGCAGAAGGGCAUCUCCCACAUCGCCAAUGCGCAGAAGGCUGAACAACAGCUGAAAGAUGAGCUGGAGCGCAUCCGCAACCUGAAGAUACAAGAAGACGUCGAGAGGGAAUACCGACGGAAGGAGAGGGACAACGCCAUACGGCGGAACAGGGAGAUGAAGCAUCUGCACGAGGCGCGCGAGCAACAGAUCCAAGACAUCCACCGGCUCAUCGCGCGGGAGAUCGCCAAGGACGAGCAGAGCUUCAACAACGCGGCCCGACAGAACGAGGAGUUCUUGCGGAGGGAGAAGGAGCUUGAGAACAAACGCAAGGCGCGUAUCGAGCAGCAUCGCCAGGAGAUCAUGAAGCAGAUCAACGACAAGGAGCGCGCCAGGGUCGAGAUGCGUGAGAAAAUCCACAACGAGGGCGUGGCUCUCAGAAUGGAGCAAGAGCAACAAGACAAGUACGAGCGCAGGGUCAUCAAGGAGAAGUUGGCCGCCAUGAGACAGCAAAAGGUCGCCGAGAAGUACGUGAAGGAAGUCGAGCAGACCCUCAGCCACUACGGGUACAAGGAGCUCAGCUAAAACACCA